UCGCGCGUACAAAAGGCUCGCUGCUUGUGCAUCGCCUCCUUCGUCUUCUUCCUCCUCCUCUUCCUCCCCUUCGUUGAAGCUCGCGAAUUCCACCCCCAGACCGAGCUCGGACCCGACCCGAGACCCGCGCCUCCGAGCCCGUUUCAGGAAAUUUCUUCAAAAUCGGAAUGAGUGAUCAUCUUGUCCUCUGCGUGGAUCACUUCACGACACCUGAGAGAUCGCAAUCUCUCGAAAAGGCUGAUUCUGCAAAGCCUGCUGGAGAGGGUUCAUCUUCUCACACUGCUGAUCCGGCAACCUCUGCUGUUGAAGUCGAGGAUAUACAAGUCAUUAGCACAUGCGAAGAAGAAGAACCUCUCAUUCAGACCGUUGAAUGUCGCAUUUGCCAGGAGGAGGAUAGCAUUAAGAAUUUGGAGACUCCUUGUGCUUGCAGCGGUAGUUUGAAGUAUGCUCACAGGAAAUGUGUUCAGCGGUGGUGUAAUGAGAAAGGAGAUGUAAUUUGUGAGAUAUGCCAUCAGGUUUAUGAGCCUGGCUAUACAGCCCCACCAGCUCCCCCGAACUCUGAUGAUGCCACAAUUGACAUAAGUGAGGGUUGGACGCUGUCUGGUGCUCCUCUGGAUUUGCGUGAUCCUCGUAUUUUGGCAAUGGCAGCUGAACGCCAUUUUCUGGAGGCAGAGUAUGAUGAAUACGCUGACACCAAUGCAAGCGGAGCUGCAUUUUGCCGCUCUGCGGCUCUUAUUCUGAUGGCUCUUUUACUCUUAAGGCAUGCCCUAUACCUCACCAAUGGUGAUGAUGAAGAUGAUGCAUCUGCAUUUUUCUCUCUGUUCUUGCUUCGAGCUGCUGGCUUUCUUCUUCCUUGCUACAUUAUGGCUUGGGCAAUAAGUAUCUUACAGCGUCGAAGACAAAGACAGGAAGCUGCGGCACUUGCAGCAAGUGAAGUUGCAUUCAUGCUACAGGCAGGACAACGUCGUGGUUUGCAGAUCACAAUAGAACCAGGGCCUUCAGUGAUUCCUCAUCAGGAGCCAGUCCAAUCAUAAGCAGCCAAAUUUCCAGACAUCUGCGUUACGGAAGAGAGUGUACUUUUACUUGUGGUUCUAACAGUGAGAAACAGGGAACAUAUAAUCUAUCUAUUUGAAGUGUGAAGUAUUCGUUCUGCACCUGAAAAUACUCUUGAGGUCACGUCAAGAUUUUCUCUCAUAUGCAAGUUUUCUCUUUGUACAUAUUUUCCGAACCUCGCUGGGGGCAGUUUAUUUUCACUGUUUAUGAAUCCUGAAAGUCACCUGAGCGGUUGUUGUAUCUGCGAAACUCUUAUGUAUGAGAUAAUAGUACUUGCCAAGCAUUGCUUAAUGCUUAAUCUUUUCCUUUUUCUUUGGUUA